AUGAAUUGCUUGCUAUUGAAUUGUCGGGGGGCGAAUAAACCCAAUUUCCGUCGAUCGUUUCGAUACAAUUUGAAGAAAUGGAAAACUGAUAUUUUGGCGCUUUUUGAGACACAUGCUGGAGGAGAUAGGGCAGGGCGAAUCUGUCAGGGUUUGGGGUUUGCGAAAUUGUUUCGAGUUGAUGCCAUCGGACAAAGUGGUGGCUUGUGGCUGCUACGGAGGGAAGAAAUAGGGGAGGUGAGUGUGGUGAGCUCCGCGGAGCAGUAUAUCCAUGUCGAGAUUGAAAAAGAUGGUGAGACAAUGAAUCUGAUUGUGGUUUAUGCGGCACCAACAGUCAGCAGAAGAAGUGGGCUUUGGGAACAGGGAACAGCUGAAGGAUGUUAUACAAAGUGUGGAGGGACCGCUCAUAGUGGGCGGUGA